UAUGGGGACGAGCCAGUAAAAGCUGAAGCACUUGGUUUGCAACAUUGCCACCAGCGUGAGCAUACUUCUCAGGAGAUGCACAAAUAAAUCUUGUUAUUCUCGGCAUCUGCGGUCAUUUCCCCAACUAAACAGUGACGACCCAGGGACUACGUUGCUUCAUAGGUUAAGAAGGACCAAAUAAAGAGGUGCGCAAGAAAAUCGGGAGAGUGGCUCUUUGAUGCAUGCCGACAGCUCCCUGUCCCACAUCCGGAUGGAGAAGUACGAGAAGAUUGGGAAGAUUGGGGAGGGCUCGUAUGGCGUUGUCUUCAAGUGCAGGAACAAAGACACCGGCCAGAUAGUCGCCAUCAAGAAGUUUGUGGAGUCGGAGGAUGAUCCCAUUAUAAAGAAGAUCGCGCUGAGGGAGAUCCGGAUGCUGAAGCAACUGAAGCACGCAAACCUGGUGAACCUGAUUGAGGUUUUUCGACGGAAGCGCAAGCUACACCUGGUGUUCGAGUACUGCGACCACACCGUCCUCAACGAACUGGACCGCUACCCCCGGGGGGUCCCGGAGCACCUGGUGAAGAGCAUAACCUGGCAGACACUGCAGGCCGUCAACUUCUGCCACAAACAGAACUGCAUUCACAGGGACGUGAAGCCGGAGAACAUCCUCAUCACCAAGCACCAGGUCAUAAAGCUGUGCGACUUCGGAUUCGCCAGGAUCCUCACUGGACCCUGCGAUUACUACACGGACUACGUGGCCACACGCUGGUACCGGGCCCCAGAGCUGCUGGUGGGGGACACGCAGUACGGCCCGCCCGUGGACGUCUGGGCCAUCGGCUGCGUCUUCGCCGAGCUGCUCUGCGGCGCCCCCCUGUGGCCGGGGAAAUCAGACGUGGAUCAGCUCUACCUCAUCAGAAAAACACUGGGAGACCUCAUUCCCCGGCACCAGCAGGUCUUCAGCAACAACCAGUUCUUCAGCGGAGUGAGCAUCCCCGAGCCGCAGGAGAUGGAACCCCUGGAACAGAGGUACCCAAACCUGUCACAUCUAGCACUGGGACUGAUGAAGGGCUGCCUGCGCAUGGACCCGUCAGAGCGGCUGACGUGCGAGCAGCUGCUGGAGCACCCCUACUUCGACAGCCAGAGGGAGGAGACGGAGAGCGCCACCCGCGAACACGACCGCGCCACCAAGAGGCGGUCCCGCCUGCCGCGCAAGCACCUCCCGCCCGGGUAUCUGCCUCAACUCACCAGCAGCAACAUCCUCCCGGCCCUGGACAACAAGAAGUACUACAACAACCUGCGAAAGUUCAACUACCACUUCCCCAAUAUCUAAAUUCCCUGCUUUCUAACCAAUCGGGGAACAGCAGAGAAUAAAUUAAAAUACUUCGGUAAUCUCGCGUUUCCAAGUACAAAAUCCAGGAAAAGCAGCCGUUUGUGGAGAGUGCAAGAUUUCCUGAGUGCGCAGAUUAGCUGAACCAAGGCUUUGGUCACAUGACCCCAGUGUGAGCCAAUCAUAUGCACUCUGGCAGCUUUUCGGAAGAGACCUCUUUUGGUCUUGGGUUUCAAGUAUAUCUAUUUUGUUCACUUUUUUUCAUGUAAAUGACAAGGAGCAGCUCGCAGCUCUGCUGAUAGACCCACGUGCAGUAUGGGGGAACAUGAUAGCGUAACUGCCUUACCCAACUUGCCAAAUAUGUUUUUAAUAGUGAAAGAUAUAUGCAUUGGUCUGUCAUCUCGAUGUUCACUGUUGGUAGCCUCGUUGUUAAGGUUUGGAAGAUGUAGGUGAAAGGUCUAAUCUCCAUUAGUCAAUCCAAAUAAAGGGUGGUGCACAAUGUGAGAAAUGAUUAAUCCAGAACGUAACUUGCCUGUUUGUUGUAUGUGGACCUUAUGCACAGUCCCCCCCCCCCCCUUGUUAAUGUGUAGCAAUAGUUCCAAUUGGCCCAAGAGGAGGAACUGGAGAAUGCCAGUUCUGGCAUAAUGAGUAGUACCAAAAGAUGUGUGCAGCACUACAUAGCCGUAGUUAUUUUCUAUUUUCUGUCACUGUGGUCCGUUUACAUUGUUUUCCCCAAAUUUUAUUGUAAGCCACCAUACUGUUACUCGGCGUGCAAAAAAAAACAACUGUUUUGACACCAGAAAAAGAAUUUCAAAUGAAAGAUGGCAGCAGUACAAUGUUAACAAUAACAACAGAAGCAAUGUUAUAGAAUUACCAUAUAUACAUCAUCACAUCUUAUUUCCUGGAGACUGGUGCUUGUGGUCAUUCCAUCUCCCUCUUUGACUUAUACCAAAUGCCAAAUUAUUACAAAAAAAUAAUAAUUUGAAAACUUAACCAAUGAACCACUGAAAAUCUCCACUGUCUUUGUGUGCACAAGUGUAUAUAAAGCAAACAUAGUGUGUCUGUAUUUUGUUGUACUUUUCUAUGGAGUAAUAUUUAAUACCUAGAAUGCUGGAAAAUAAAUGGUAGGGGAGGCAAGUCGGUCAGUUUUUUUUUUUGUUUUUUUUGGAAAUUGUUCGAAUAAAGUGCCGGUAAGAGGAAA